GAGGCAGAAUUUCCCCACAAGGAUUGUGUGCCUGUGUGGGAGGAGGCACAGCAGAUACAACACAGCCUCAAGAAGCCGAGGCCAAGAAAGCGUGUGACUGGCUGCGUGCAGCGGGGUUUCCUCAAUAUGCACAGCUCUAUGAAGAGUCGCUGUUUCCUCUUGACAUUGCAUCUGUGAAGAAGGACCACAGCUUUUUGGACCAGGAUUCCCUCAAAUCCCUCUGCAGGAGGCUCAUGACCCUGAACUCUUGCGCCUCGAUGAAGCUGGAAGUCCACUUUCAGCGGAAACAGAAUGAAGACUUGGAGGAUGAAGACUUCUGCGCCAUCAGCGACCGGUGGGCCUUCCAGAGGGACAGCAAACGGUGGUCCCGGAUUGGCUCUGACGGCUUCCUCUCCCGCAGCCUGGAGAGAGACUCCACCGUGAGGAAGGGGUCCAGCCAGGAGAGCGUCCUCACGGACCUCAGUGCUGACCUGGAGGCGACAUCGCUCCACAGCAAUGCCAGCACAGGCAGCGCAGGUGGAACCGUUACGGCCAGGACCACGCCGCCGGAGCCGUCCCCCAUCCAGAACUCCCCAACUUUGGCCAACUCCAUCCAAAGCUCCGGUGGCCCCUCACCCACAGACCAGUUUCCAAACCUGAGGAGGAGCAGCAAGGAAAAACCCAAGAAACGGCGGACGCGGAGCUUCCUCAAGAGGAUUGAGUCUCUGAGAAGGAAAGACAAGGAGAAGCCAGGCUCUGCUCGAGCCAAAGAGGAGGAUGGAGCCCAGGCCAAGCCGUGGUGGAACGCCUCCAAAGACGCUGGGGGCCCCACGACAGGGAAGGGGCCUCCGCCAGGGAGGGGAGCCUCCUCGUCUUUUCCCAGCAGUCAAGCUCCUCUCCCCAAAGGGCGUCGGACCAAGCAUGAGCCCCACCGCAGUGGCCUUUAUCUGGAGGACUACGAAAGCACCCUGGGCAAAGGCCCCAGCUGGCCAACGAGAGGGUUGGGCUAUCAGGAUCCAUUUCAAAGGGAUUCUUUGUUCCACAUCCCCGGGGACUACAAGCCAGGCACGUUCCCCAAAUCGCUCUCCAUCGAGAGUUUGUGCCCCCUUGAGAGCAGCUGCUUGGCAGACUGGAAAUCGAGCGACAAAGCUGGGGGUCUUUGGGCAGGGGGGGUUGGCGUUGGCAGCAGCCACAGUGUGGGUGACACGUCCACUUGGGCUUUUCCGUGCCGCCCGAGGAGGCUGUCCCGCUGCUGCUCCACAGGCAGCUGCACCAGCCUCUAUGACAACGUGCCCGAGAUGGGCAGUGGCGACGACCUCUUUGACCUGGACAAGGAGGUGAUUUAUGAAAACCUGGAUGACAUCCUGCAACACGUUUGGGGGCUCCAGCAGAAGGUGGAGCUCUGGUCCAACACGCUCGGGCUGGACCUGGAGGGGGACAGUCUUGGGGAGGAGGGGGCGGAGGAGGAGGAGGAGGAGGAGGACACCGACUCCGGAGGAGAACCCGCUCAGCUGAACUUCGAGGAGCAGUCCAUGUCCGACAUCGGCACCUCCGCAAGCGACUUUGACAGCACCGCCAACUCUUUGAACGAGGCAGAGGACCUAGAAAUGAGGGAACGGAGGGACUCUGGUGUGGGCGCCUCGCUCACUCGGCCCUGCAGGAAGCUUCGCUGGCACAGCUUCCAGAACUCCCACCGGCCCAGCUUGAGCUCUGCCUCCUUAGAGAUCAACCGCCAGUCUGCAGCACAGCUCAACCUCCUGCAAAAGUGCUGCCUCCUUCGCCUCACGGCCAUCAUGGAGAAGUACUCCGUCCCCCACAAGCAGACCUGGGCAUGGACUGUUCCGAAGUUCAUGAAGAGGAGCAAGACCCCCGACUACAGAGGGAAGAUGGUCUUUGGGGUCCCGCCAGUUGUCCACGUUCAACGGACGGGGCAGCCGCUGCCCCAGAGCAUCCAGCAGGCGAUGCGCUACGUCCGCAGCCGGUGCCUUGACCAGGUCGGCAUUUUCCGCAAGUCUGGGGUGAAGUCUCGGAUCCAGGCGUUGAGGCACAUGAACGAAGCCUCUCCUGACAACGUGAACUAUGAGGGUCAGUCGGCCUACGAUGUGGCUGAUUUGCUGAAGCAGUACUUUCGCGACCUUCCGGAGCCAGUCUUCACCAGCAAGCUCACCGAGACCUUCUUACAGAUUUACCAGUUUGUUCCUAAAGAGCAGCGGCUGCCAGCUGUGCAGGCGGCCGUCGUGCUGAUGCCAGACGAGAACCGGGAGGUGCUGCAGACGUUGCUGUACUUCCUCAGUGACAUUGCCUCUGCUGAGGAGAACCAGAUGACCGCGGGGAAUCUGGCGGUGUGCCUGGCCCCAUCCAUUUUCCACCUGAACGUCUCCAAGAAGGAGAGCACGUCCCCAAGGAUGAUUCACAAGAGGGGCACUGUGGGAAAACCUGACCAGAAGGACCUGAAUGAAAACAUGGCAGCCACCCAAGGCCUUUCCCACAUGAUUGCAGACUGCAAGAAGCUGUUUCAGAUUCCACAUGACAUGAUGCUGCAGCUCUGCAACUCCUACAUGUCGGCCGGUGCUCAGCCGCUGUCCUUGUCCGGGUUGAUGAGCCGAAGCCUGCAGUGCGAAGGUCGGGAUUCCCGGGUCGACUUGGAAGUCAGCAUCCAAGGGCUGCUGAAGGAAUCCUCGGAGCGCUUCAAGGGUUGGCUCAGCACGCCUGGCCCCCAGAGCACAGAACUCGCGUGCAGGAAGGUCGGGGACGGGCACCCUCUGCGGCUGUGGAAGGUGUCCACCGAAGUGGAGGCGCCUCCCCAUGCAGUGCUCCAGCGGGUGCUCCGCGAGCAGCACCUGUGGGAUGAAGACCUGCUGCAGGGGAAAGUCAUUGAGGCCCUGGACGAGAACACGGAGGUGUACCACUACGUGACGGACAGCAUGGGCCCCCACCCAAGGCGCGACUUCGUUGUCCUCCGGAAGUGGCGCGCAGACCUGCCCCGGGGGUGCUGCCUCCUUGUCUCCUUAUCCCUGGAGCACAAGAAGUUGCCUCUGGAAGGCGGGGUCAGGGCCGUGGUCCUGACCUCCCAGUACCUGAUGGAGCCCUGUGGGAUGGGGCGCUCGAAGGUGACCCACAUCUGCCGUGCAGAUCUCAGAGGGCGGUCCCCAGACUGGUACAGCAAAGUCUUCGGCCAUCUCUGCGCAAUGGAGCUGGCAAGGAUUCGAGAUUCUUUCCCAAUGCUUAACACAGGUGGUCCAGAGACAAAGAUCUGAAGAUGCUGCCUGACGUAUCUGUGGUGCUAUUGGAGUAGGAAGCUGGAAUUGAGCAGUGGGGCUUUUGCUUCACAGAGGAGCCUUUCAGGCACCUGAGCACAGAUUUCCCCCUUCUGUUGUGCCUUGCCCUCUCCUGCGAAGGAACAUCUGCCAUUGCUCUCCUUCCACUAGGAGAGGUUCAUGAGCACAAAGAGCCUCUUGCCUGGUUACGCUUCCACGUCUUAUUGCUUGGAAGUGAUCUGGGAUUCUCCUCCUCAAAACUCUAAGGGCUUUUUCUCUGUAUCGUGAUGGUUACCAGUGGUGACUAGUCAUGAUGGUUAUAUUUUACCCCCAGGACCAGUUGC